AUGAGGAACAACCUGUGGCUCCAGAGUAUUUCCUUCUUCCUUUUAUUCCAGUACACUACGCGUUGUGAAAACCUCACUUGUUUUGUGGACUAUGUACAGACCCUGUCCUGUAUCCUGAGAAAUGACUGGGAUGCCAGUUCAUAUAACCUCACUGCAACAUGGGUUUCUGAGGAAGAUCCCGAAAAUACUGUGGCUGCCUGCAAUCUCCUGCAAUUGUCCAGGAACACCAGCCACACACAGUACAUGUGCACCGUGGACAUGACUGAACUCCUGGCAGAUUUCAAAGUCCAGGUGGAUGUUACAGAGAUAGCUCAUAGGCAGCAUGUGAUUUCCAAAGGCUUUUAUAUGGGACAGAACAUCAAACCACAGCCUCCGUUCAAUCUGACUGCUGUGUUCUCAGAGGGUUACAAUAUUUCCUGGGAAACCAUCUACCAGAACUCUCCUUUUUACUUUUUGAAUGAGGAGUUGGAAUAUCAGCUGCGUUAUAAGAGAAGGACCGACACUUGGGAGACUCAGAAGACUAAAGAUGUCGUCCAUGAAGAUAAACGGACACUGGUGAUCCCGCCACGGGAACUCCAGAUGAACACUGAGUAUGAGUUCCAAGUGAGAGCCAGACCUCGAGAAGACACUGGCUACCAUGGAUUUUGGAGUGAAUGGAGUCCUCCGCUGAUGUUGAAAACCAGCCCUGCUGCAGUGACACAAACAGCAGGCAUGGGAUGGCUGCUGCUGUUUGGUGUUGUCGUGGCCAUCACUGCCUCAAUCACAACCUUUCUGGCCAAACAGCGGAGCUUGUGGAAGAAGAUGGCUUGCAUCCCAGACCCUGCUGCCUUUUUCAAACCUCUUUACCUGGUGCAUAAUGGAGAUUUCAAGAAGUGGGUUGGUGCAUCCCAUAAGAAAAUGACCUUUGAUUUAUUUGAAUGGGGAAUAGUCCUUCCAGAAGUCCUAGAAGUUUACACCAUGCAUCCUUCCAACAGCACCUCACGGGAAGAGCUGCGUGAGCUGAGAAAAGAUCUGCCUUGCAGGCCCUGUGUGUCUUGCCUGACUGCCCCAGGUCAGGAUAGCCAGUCUCUGCUGUCUAGUGUGAACAGCAGCAGUGGGACUCAGGACCGGUCAUAUGGGCAUUUGUCCAUUGAUACUGUGACUGUGGCUGAUGAAUUUACACCUUGUAACUGCCAGUGCAACUGUAACCGUGUGUACAGGGGACACGAGCAUACCAUCGAGGAAGAUAGUAGUGCUGGAGAAACUGGUUACCCCAAGGUUAACGUUGAUGAUGAAGAUGGAAAGCUAUCCAAUGACUUGCAUCUGGCUGAUCUGAGCACGCAGGACAAAAUACUUGCUUCAGGCUCUGUGUCCACAGACCACCUGAGGAGUACAAGUGUCCCAGCCCACCAGCAAGUAGAAAGGGCUUUAGAAGGAGGGAUGGGGAGCAUCCUAGAAGCCCUUUGCUUGCAGCCUAAUCAGUGGGAUUUGGAAAAUCCAGGUUCUCUACCUUCUCCUGAUGGUGAAAGUGUUUCCUACAGUGAAGGCUCCUAUGACUUCUUCCCUCACAUUGCAAGGCCUGGUGACAGUUACCCUAUGAUCUGCGUAGACUUGGACACUAUCGACAGUGGCUUUGUGGACUCAGACUGUGGGAGUCCAGUUGACUGUGAAUUUGAGCAAAACAGUCAGACCAACUGUGGGUCCAUCCCUCUUGAGCAGGAGGACUUUCCACGGAGCUACGUCAAGCAGUGGGUCUCCUGUCGCUCUGAUGGCCCUGUCAUUGGGACACAGACAAACUAAGGACCUGCUGUUGCCUCGCAGAGCGUAGGGCCUUUUCCAUACAGUGCCAGGAGCAAAGCCUUAGCAAAAUUCAGAAGA